CGUUGAUGAAAACAGAUAAGUAAAAGGCGAUCUCAUAAGGAAGGAAGAGAACAGUCCGACUACGUUGAAAGCGGUUCCCAUUCCGUAUUUGGACUCCAGCACGGGAAUUUAAGAUUCAACUAAGGAGAGCACGAUUACGCAUGCAUUAAGAAAUAGUUAUUUUUCUUAGUUUCGGGUAUAUUCCUAUUGCUUCUUUUGAGCUACAUUUCGGCAUUUACCAGUCUAAUAAUACAACGCCAUUGAGUAGUUCUAACGGCAUUUAUUUAGCUAGCUUUCACUUUGGGAAUUUAAGUGUUUUAACACCGCGCUAAGAACUAAUGACGGCAGAGAUUCAACAACCCUCGGCACAGACGCCAGCACAAAGCAGUCCGAUGUCUGCUGCACCGGAAAAGCCGAACGGUCAGACCGCAGUGAUGGAGACUGCUUCUUCAACUACUAAAACUAAAAAGACCAACGCCGGAAUCCGCCGGCCGGAGAAACCGCCUUACUCCUAUAUAGCUUUGAUAGUCAUGGCCAUUCAAAGCUCUCCAACAAAACGCUUGACGCUGAGUGAAAUUUACCAGUUUCUCCAAAGCCGAUUUCCGUUUUUCAGAGGCUCAUACCAAGGAUGGAAAAAUUCUGUGCGUCACAACUUGUCUCUUAAUGAAUGUUUCAUCAAGUUGCCAAAGGGUCUUGGUAGACCGGGAAAGGGUCAUUACUGGACUAUCGACCCUGCCAGUGAGUUUAUGUUUGAGGAGGGAUCUUUUCGCAGGAGGCCAAGGGGGUUCAGGCGUAAAUGUCAGGCGCUGAAGCCGAUGUAUAGCAUGAUGAACGGCCUUGGAUUCAAUCACCUACCCGAGUCCUACAACUUCCAGGGGACCGGCGGAGCCCUGUCUUGCCCUCCGAACGGUUUAUCUUUGGACAGUGGAAUUGGGAUGAUGAACGGACACUUGGCAAGCAAUAUGGAAGGGAUGGGUUUGGCGGGACAUUCUGUAUCGCAUUUGUCAUCCAACGGCGGACAUUCCUACAUGGGGAGUUGUACAGGAUCCACGGGGGGCGAGUACCCCCAUCAUGACAACUCUGCGUCGCCACUGCUCACCAGUGGAGGAGUUAUGGAGCCUCAUCCAGUCUACUCCAGCACAGCAUCUGCCUGGGCUCCCACGGCCUCCGCCUCGCUGAAUAACGGAGCUUCUUAUAUAAAACAACAACCUCUCUCACCUUGCAACCCUGGAGCAAACCCCUUACAGCCGAGUUUACCAACACACUCUCUUGACCAGUCAUAUCUUCAUCAGAAUGGCCACAGUACCGCCGACCUCCAAGGUAUCCCCAGAUAUCAUUCCCAGUCCCCCAGUAUGUGUGACAGGAAAGAGUUCGUCUUCUCUUUCAACGCCAUGACAUCAUCAGCAAUGCAUUCCCCAGGCAGUGGGUCCUACUACCAUCACCAGCAAGUCGCCUAUCAAGACAUCAAGCCCUGCGUGAUGUGACAAUCUGCUGACCGUCACUUGCAACAAAUAAAUUACAGUCCAUCUCUGAUUUAAAAAGCCACUAAACCCACAAGGGUUGCGGGGGUGCGAGGAUGUUUCCCGCCCCGGCGAAGUAGACUUGCAGAAUAAACAGGCUAGUUCACUUCACAGCAGACAGAGGAACGGAUUGAUCCAGGACCCCCGAACUGUUCAGAGAUCCUAAAACUGAACGACUUGUACGGUUGUACUGAAACUCUUCUCUUUCCUCGCGGUUAAGGAACUGGAGAAAAUAAGAAUUAUGGAGAGACUUUAACUUAAUUUAAAGAAACUGCUUUCGAAAUGGGUAAUGCAGUGGAUCAUUUGAAAACGUAAGAGUGCAACUUCGGGCCUGAUUUUGUGCUACGCAUUUUUUCCCAUUUACUACCAACAUAAUACUCUCUCUUAAUUUUACAGGAUAUUGAAUCCACCAUUACAUAUAUACAAGUAUUUUUCUACGUUGUUGCGUCAGUGUAUUCAAGAUGGAGCACAGACUGCUCCACGAUUGGACCGAAUCAGGGCCUAAGUACCAAAAACGGCACAGCUAGGUACUUACUCUGCUGGCGGACGACUUCAACUUGACAAUUUUUGAUGCUUAGGCAACACACAAUUUCAUUGUUGAUAUAAUGAAUUCAGUAGUGACAAGACGUGCAGAAUAGCGUAGAAUUUUCUUUUUUACUUGGGGUAUUUGGCCCGAUCGAUAUAUCAAAGUAAUGAUUUUAUGUUUUAUUUUUUUUAAAUAGAGUACAAGCCGUGAAUAAAUGGACAACACACGAGAUUCAGGGAGCUAUCCGAUUCUUCCAUAUUGCGUUUAUUCUUUAAUUUUGAGAAACGCAUUUACACAAAUUCCUUUUUUCGUUAGGCUUACUGUUGGUACAAAUUAAAUAUACAUGUUAUGCAAGUUUAAAUGGCACUCAUUUCAAAUAUUCAACCUGAAUGGCUCAAGUGAAAAACGUUUAAAUUGAAUCUGUUCUGAAAUCAAACCUUGCCUCUGUUUCCCUUUCACACGACAACGCCAUUAUGAAUUCCGGACAAAUUAAGGCACUUUUUAAAAAUAAAAAAAAAGCUGUAAACCGAGACCCCUUAUUUAUUCUGCAUAUAGGCAACUUUUAAUUGUAAAAUAUAACCUCAGUAUUAAAGUGUACCUUAUUGGCAAUAUUUGCCAAGCAACCUUUUCUAUUUUAUGUAAACAAAACAUGAAUAUAUGUAACUUUUGUCAGUUACAUUGUUUAUGUUUCUUUGUGUGUAUAUAUCCGUAUUGACACCCGCGUUUUUUUUUCCUGCACUGUAUAAAUUGUACAUGAUAUAAUGUCUUUUUGUGUAUGUUUCUGCUAAAAUUUCCUUAGGCUAGUCUGUAUAUAAAUAACACACUAUUUGUAUAGAACUAUAAGUAUCAGCAUGUAGUUUGAGUGAAACUAUAUUAGAAACCCUCAUAAACCUUUUUGUUUGUUUUUGUUCUCAUCAAA